AUGGGAGACCAAAAAUUGGGCGAAGUGCGCCCUGUCGCAUUGCAAUCGAAAGCCCACGAAGACCUUCUUAACAUCAUCGAUAGUCUUCGAUCACAGGGCAUAAGUCGCUAUAUCGAUCUUCCCCAACUUAUUGUUUGUGGCGAUCAAUCGUCAGGCAAAAGUUCAGUCCUCGAAGCGGUAUCUGGUAUCCGCUUUCCUACGAAAGAUAACCUGUGCACACGCUUUGCUACUGAGCUUAUUCUUCGUCGUGGACCUUCAACAAGUGCAAGCGUUACGAUAGUACCUAAUGCUGAUCGAUCGGAAUCUGAAAAGGCUAAGCUUCAGAGAUUCCAGCAUGAAAUUAGCGACCUAGACCAAUUCGAAAGUCUAGUCGAUAGUGCCAAAAGUGUUAUGGGUCUUGAUGGCGACGCUAGGGCCUUUAGCAAUGAUAUUCUACGAGUUGAAAUCUCUGGCCCGAAUCAGCCACAUCUUACGCUGGUCGAUCUUCCAGGUCUUUUCUCAGCUGGAAACAAGACUCAGUCAGACGCGGAUGCUCAAGUGGUCAAAUCUCUGGUACUUUCGUAUAUGAAGAAGUCUAGAAGCAUCAUUCUCGCAGUUGUAUCCGCAAAGAAUGACUUCGCCAACCAGAUUGUUACAAAGUAUGCUCGAGACAUUGAUCCACAAGGGCUAAGAACUCUCGGCAUCAUCACAAAACCUGAUACACUUCCUCCCGGAUCUGACAGUGAGAAAUCGUUUGUGGAACUCGCGGAGAACAAGGACGUCCAUUUCAGGUUAGGGUGGCAUGUGCUUAGGAAUCGAGACUAUGAGACGCGUGACUACACGACAGAGGAGCGCGAUCAGAUGGAGCGUGACUUCUUCUCAAAGGGCAUCUGGACCUCACUUCCAUCUAACCAUAUUCUCACCGAGCUCCCAAGUCUGAUUGAGGACGUUACCAGAGGAAUAAAAGACUGCAAAGACAUUAUAACGAGGCUUGGAGAGUCUAGAGCCACCUUGUCAGACCAGCGGCUACAUCUAGUCCGGCUCAGUCAGGAAUUCUCACGGCUCGCUAAGUCUGCAACAGACGGCUUCUAUGUGGAUGAAUUCUUUGGAAGUGCGAUGCAAGACGUCGGCAAAAGCAAACGACUACGUGCUGUCAUACAGAACACCUGCUCAGAUUUUUCAGAGGCUAUUCGACGCAAAGGUCAUGCGAAACAAAUUGUUGAUGACUCUAUGGAGGUUGGCACGCAAACUAUGGGCCCCUUUAAAACUCACCGUUCCGAUUUUAUUGACGAGGUCAUGACCUUAAUGAGACGUAGCAGAGGACGUGAACUUCCAGGCACGUAUAAUCCUUUGCUUAUUGGCGAUCUCUUCUACGAGCAGUCAAAACCCUGGACGGAGCUUGUUGAACAAUACACCGGCACAAUACUCAACGCGACGAGAACAGCCCUGAAUGCUAUUCUUGACCACACCUCAGAUGAGACCACUGGCCAAGGAUUGUUGAGAUACAUCAUCAAUCCAAAAAUGGACGCCCUGCAGCAUGAUCUAGAGGCCAAAGUUGACUCAAUUCUCGAACCACACAAACGAGGGCAUCCUAUCACCUACAAUCACUACUUUACAGAUAAUAUUCAGAAGGCAAAAGCACAGCAUCGCAAAGACAGCCUCAUCGAACAACUUGGAUCGUUCUUUGGGGUGGAUUUCGAGAGAGGUAAAAUCAAGGUGAAGGAGCAUAGUUUUGAUGUGAAGAGCCUUUUGGAUCACCUGGCUCAGGGUCCUGAGACAGACAUGGAUCGGUAUGCUUGCUCCGAAGCUAUAGACUGCAUGCAAGCCUACUACAAGGUUGCAAUGAAGACUAUUGUGGACGAUUUUAGCGUGCUCGCAAUCGAAAAGUGUCUGGUUAAACGCUUGCCCGAUCUUCUUUCCCCUGAAACCAUCGUCGGUCUCGAUGAUGCCACAAUCUCUAGUAUUGCAGCGGAAACCGAGGAGUCGAGACUCGAGAGAUCUCGUGCUACUGAAAAAUUGAAGGUACUGGAAUCGACACUCGUAGUUCUACGAAGCCUUGACAGACACCAGCCAACAAGGACAAGGCGCCAAGCGGUCAACACCAUUUUGACAUCCAAGUUACCCGAGGAUAACGAGGAGAGUGAUUCAAGCGCGGAUGAAGAUUCGUGGUUGCCAUAUAGUUCGAGCGAAGAAGAUGAUUGUCUUGGUGGUCGAAAACAAAAGCUUCCACCAAAGCGUGGAGACGGAAGCAGCGGGUCCUUUGGCACGCCUAAAUUCGGAAAGCCGAUUGCGUCUGAGAAAUCAGCCGAAGCAACGCCCGUUCCAGGAAUUUUCUUUGGCAUGGCUAAACCCGAGAAAACGAUUGCGAGUGAGCGACCAGCCGUGUCUCGAACCGAGAAGUCAGCUGCGACUGAGAAGCCCACUGAUGCAGCGCCCGCUUUCACAAUCUCUACAUAUACUAGACCGCCGAACUCCGACACGACCUGGGGCGCACCGGUGUUUGGAAAUCCUCCGUCUUCUGCGAAUCCGACUUUCAGUUUCGGUAAUUCACAGCCUUCCUCUAGUUCCGGGAAGGUCACGCAGAAUGAGAAAAAGACAACCAGCCUAUUUGGCCAAAAGUUAGCAUCAUCAAAAGUGUAG